CUUUCCCGCCCUAAUACUGAACGACGCUUUCGAAAAAGAAGCAUCUUUAACUUCUCAAAAUGUCUCAGCCGAUCGCCGUGGACAUUCUGUCCGACGACGACGACGACGCUGUCAACAGCGCCGAUUAUUUCUCCGUCAACCAAAACGACACCGUUGAUCUAUCGACGCCACUGGCAAUUCCGUCCAAGAAGCAAAAAAUUGAGGAGUCGAAUACUAAAUUGAAGCCCCCAGUCCUCAUCAUCGACGAUGACGAUGAUCCGACACCAUUUAAACCCUCAAAGUCCACUCCUUCAUUUGUCGCUGAUACCCCAUUAUCUGAUUUUUCCAAACCCGAUGUCUCAUUUGUUAAAUGCUCAUUUGGUUGCUCUUCAAUUUUGAACCCUAAGUCUUUAGUUUUGAUUUGACCCCAUGCGUCGGAGCUUUUAAAAUAUAGUGUCCCAAUAGUCAGAUGUACUAAAGCUAUUACUGUUUCACAGAAUCGCUCUUCGUCAAAUUUAGACCACCAAAACGAUGGCGGUAUUGAUGGACUAAUUUGUUUGGAGUCUGAUAAUGAAUCUGAGGAUAGUGGCAAGCUUGUUUCCUGGAAUGAGGAGGAGAAAGUUUGUUCCACUAACGCAAUUGUAAAGGAGACAGAAUUGAGCUCCAGACCUUUUAAGUCCACAAAUGGUAAUGACAAUUUUAUGCGAACAGCAGAGGAUGUUUCUCAUCGAUAUUUGAUUGAAGCUGGUCCUUCUCUGGACCAUGGUCAUCCUGACGACGAAAGUGAUAUUUUGGAGUUAAACGAUGACAUCUCAAGACCGACAGGUAAAGGCAAAGGCAAAGGCAAGAAAAGUAACACAAGCAGUGUAGAUGGAGUAACAGGGAAAAUGAGGAUGUCAAAGGAUGAACGUCUUCGCCUAAAUGAAGAAAAGAAGCAGCAGAAAGAGCGAGAGAAAUUGCAAAAGGCGGCCCAGAAGGCUGAAGCUGCAGAGAUAAAAAAGCGAGAAAAGGAAAAGGAAAAGUGGGAAAAGGGAAAGUUUGCCCAUAAGUCUAUUGUAGCUCACAUUGACACCAAAGUUGUGGAACUAGGCUCGAUCGGAGGUCAUUUGCUAUCAAGGCUUGCGGAAAAAGGUCUUUCCUUCCGAGUUUCAUCAAAUCCAAUUGAAAAGUCUAUUGUGUGGUCAAUAAGUGUUCCGGAGGAAAUAUCAAAG